CAAAUACAAGAACAGUUUCAGUAGUCAGUACACAGCAGUGCAGAGAUGGCAGAGGACGUGAGGGUACAGACAGAGGAGCUGGUGAAGCCUGGAGAGAAGCAGAGGGGUACAAAUCGAAACCGCUGCUCUCCUUGCGUUCUGUUGCUGUUGUUACUGUGCGCUGUUGCCGCUUUGGUCGCUGUGUCGGUGACUUUGAUUGUGGUGUUGAGUAACAAAGGUACCAGGGAACAGAAACCGGAAUAUACUGCACAUUUUCAACGUACCAACCCCUGUGAGGAGGACUGGAUCUGGUACCGGGGGAAAUGUUAUUAUUUCUCUGAGACAUAUGAUGAGUGGAACAACAGCCAGAACUUCUGUGCCUCCCACAAUGCAUCUCUCUCUCUCAUCGACUCCCAGGAGGAACUGGACUUUCUAAGAAGACAUAAGGGUUUCCAGGAUCACUGGAUCGGGCUGUACAGAGACAUUGAGAGGAAGUCCUGGGUCUGGGCAAAUGGAUCUUCAUUCAAUAACAUGUUCAGGAUUGAGGGGGCUGCCCAGUGUGUGCAGCUGAAUAACCUGCGUCUGGACAGCGCUGCUUGUUAUGGAGACAGAAGGUGGAUUUGUAACAAAAUUAACACAAACACUUACAGGAAGAUUUUUUAGCAGGAGACGUCACACUCAGGUUUCUGGUGACCCAGAAGAACAUUGCAAAUUACUUCUCCAUCUCUGAAUAACAUGCAUGAAACAAUGAAAGAAAUUAGCUACCUACAGGUUCAUUAUCAUUCCCCCAUCCCAUGGGUCCCAGUAGGGUGAUAUUCUGAGAGAAUGGAUCUUCUAGAGAUGUUCUACAGAUUGGCAAAGAAGGUACCAUAUCCUUAGCUGUAAAUGAUGGGACUUUGGCAACACUAUUUCUUCUACAAAACCUAUUGGAACUGUAGUUAGUUUGGCACAAAUGCAUUAUGUACAAGGCCAAGACCAUUGCAGCAGAUCAUUUGGUAUUUCUAACAGUUACCCUGAUUUAACCCUUCCUCACCCUGUCACAGUAACAGUAGCAGCCCAGGUUCCCCAUGUCAGCAAUUUCCUCAGAAAUCCUUUGUUUACCCCUCCACUGAAGACAAAAGAAGAUAUACCCAAAAUCGUCAAAAGCAGCCUGAGCAGGACACCCAAAGGAAUGUGUGGUCUCUGCGAAUUUGGACAUGGUUGAGGCAGAUCUGGCCUGGCUAGUUGUACACAGAUCCCUUUCGAUUAAGCUGCACCAAUGCAGUUACCCAUAACAACCAGCCUCUUUUGGGGAACUUUAUGAGCUGAGGUUCAGGUCUUUAGUGCAGAGACCACAAUUAAUAUGAUUAACAAAUCAUGGUUCCUACCCUUUAAUAAAUCACAAAGGUAUGGCAGGUUCAGAUGAGCAGCUCCCAAUAAUAACAAUUUGGACAAGAGGACUGAGUUGUCGGAUGGUGUUUAUUGGAGAUUAUAUUUUGGCACAGGAGCAGUAACAUAAACUGGCAAUGAAACAUUCUCCUUCUUCAGAUUCUAUCAUAUCAUCAGGAUCCGGUUCUCCUGGGGGGAUAAUUAAAGCACUGAGUAAUAUCACAGAAACCCUAGUAAACAUGGGGGAUGCGUAUUGGUAAGGGCCUACAUUUACAGCAUCAGUCUAGGUGUCCAACCUCACACCCUCCAGUUGUUAUUGAAAUACAAUGCUCAGUCUCCCUCAACAGGUUUUUGCUGCUGACGUGAUGUUGGGGGUAGUGGCUCAGUUGCAGGAGAACCACAGAUUACUGAGCUAAGUAUCAAUAUAUUUCAUUCAUUCACAUUUUGUCAAUGAUUUGCCACGGGGCCCUGUUAGUCAGUACUCCUGCUUUUUCUGGGAGCUUUCUGAUUUAUAGUUCAAGUAUGGGCAGAGCUGAGGGUGAAGCUGUUGUGGUCAGGGUUACAGGGCGUUACUGACUGUUCCAGGGAUAUGGCCAAAUAUCUUCUGUCCCUCACCUUCAGGCAGUGGGCAUGUGGGCAAUGUGGAAACCCCUCCACCAUCUUCUCAGUCCUGUCCAUGACUUACUUUUAGAUCCAACUGUUGUUGAACCAGAUGUCAACAAUAAUAGGCAGUAUGGUAGAACUUGCUUCAACUGAUGUUGCGUGUACAACUCUAUCUUGUCCAACUAAUUGUAUUUAUUAAAACCUGCCCUAACUUUG